AAAGAACGCACUGCAACAGCCUCUACAACGCAAUGCAGUAUGGCUAAUGCAGAGUUCCACUGGAAAUGAAUAUACUUCUUCUGGUGUACCAAAAUACAAAGCACUGCUGGAGUGAUCGAGGCCCUGUGUAGAAAACGACAGAGUCCCGGAUGUUGGCUGUCGAGACUGGACUCGAGAGAAAGGCGAACGGGAAAAGGCAGAGAAGCCGAAGAGGGACGACACUGGCGAGAGUUCAACGGGUCUUACCUAGGACAAACUCCAAGAGCAUAGGCACCUGAGGGACUUUCUUGUUGAAGAAGAGGUGAAAGGGGAGGGGGCAGAUACUUCAAUACUGCCCUGGACCAAGGUAACGACCUGACAUACCCAGGGCCUCACUCAGAGACCGCUAGACAGCUGAGCUGGGGGAGCCUUGCCCUCAGCCUCCACUCACCUCACCUGGCCUGCUUUCCACCCAUCAACACCCCCCCGCCCCCCCCCAGCCUAGCCCAGCCUGCCGUCGCUAUGACGUCGGAGCUGGAGAGUAGUCUGACCUCCAUGGAUUGGCUGCCUCAGCUGACCAUGCGGGCUGCCAUCCAGAAGGCGGAUGCCCAGGGGGGCCACGGGGGGCAGGGCAUGGGCAAGAAGAACGCCAUGCUGGACCCCAACACCACGCUGGACCAGGAGGAGGUCCAGCAGCACAAAGACGGCAAGCCGCCCUACAGCUACGCCAGCCUCAUCACCUUCGCCAUCAACAGCUCGCCAAAGAAGAAGAUGACUCUGAGCGAGAUCUACCAGUGGAUCUGUGACAACUUCCCCUACUACCGGGAGGCAGGCAGCGGCUGGAAGAACUCAAUACGGCACAAUCUGUCAUUGAACAAGUGUUUUCUCAAAGUGCCUCGCUCCAAAGACGACCCGGGAAAGGGCUCCUACUGGGCCAUCGACACCAACCCAAAGGAAGACGCCUUGCCCACACGGCCGAAGAAGAGGCCACGGUCCGGAGAGAGGGCUUCCACACCGUACAGCCUGGAGUCGGAGUCUUUGGGAAUGGACUGUAUGAUCUCUGGAAGUGCCUCUCCAACGCUGGCAAUCAACACUGUGACGAACAAGGUGGCAUUAUACAACCCAGAUCAGGAUGGGAGUGACAGCCCAAGAAGCAGCCUUAACAACAGCCUGUCUGACCAGAGUCUGGCCUCAGUCAAUCUAAACAGUGUUGGCAGCGUGCACAGCUACACACCGGUGACUAACCAUCAAGAGUCGGUGUCUCAGUCCAUGAGUCUCCAGCAGCCGCCCCAGCCCCAGUACAGUAUGCCAGAGAGGGACAAGCAACUCCUCUUCUCCGACUUUGAAGAUCUCAGUGCCUCCUUCCGCAGCCUUUACAAGUCUGUCUUUGAGCAGUCCUUCAGCCAACAGGGUUUGAUGGGCAUGCCGACGGAGUCGUCCCAGCAGACCCAUACCGCCUGCUCCUAUCAGCACUCCCCCAGUGGCACAAUCAGCACCCAGAACAGCCUGACAAACAACCACUCCAGCAGCGGUGGCCAGGUGCCCCUGUCCCACCCUCCCCAGCUCCCUGGCCAGAACACCCACCCGGGCCACGGCUCGCCCCACACACAGCACCUCUCCCAGCACGGCCAGCAUGGCCCACACAACCAACAUGGCCAACACGGCCAACACACCCAGCACCCACAGCACUCUCAGCAUGGGCAGCACCCCUCACAUGCCCAGCACCCGCAGCAGCACACGCCGCACCCCUCCCAACACGCACAGCACACCCCGCACCCCUCCCAACAUGCCCAGCAGCACGGCCAGCACCCCUCCCAGCAGCAGCACCAGAGCCUGGCUCACCAGCCCCAUCCUGCCCAGCAACAGAUGGCCUGCAACACAGGUCUGCCCUCUGACUGGUACCCCAAUCUGGACGCACUGAAAGAGAGCUGCCGUAUUGCCAGCAGUUAUAACUGGGCUGAUGUCGACCUCUCACCUUUUCAAGGACUGAAGGAGAGCAUGAGGCAAGCGGAGCUGAACAACUGGUCUCUGGAGCCCACGCAGAUCGCUGACCUCUGCUCGUCUAUCAACCAGUUCUUCACCCGCACUGGUGUCAUUCAGCCACAGGGGGCAGUGCAGCCGCCGCCUGUACCCGUAUGCCAUGGCUCCAUGCACCCCAACAAGCCCAGCCAGCACAUCACCACAGGAAAUCUCUACAUGGACUCCAGACAGAGCAUGUCUAUGAUGGGGCCCCCAGGGUACCCCCACAUGACAGGACACCAUGCGCAGAUGAACCAGCAGCACAUGAUCCCUCCCAGAAACUUCCAGAUGCACCGCAUGCCAGCAGAUGACAUCCAGGAUGACUUUGACUGGGACUCCAUUGUCUAACGUUAGAUGUUCUGCCCCUAACGAGGAGCUUCCAGGAGGUGCAGAGGAGAUGAGUGUAUGAGGAAGAAGCCAGGCUGAGCUGUACGCUCACAGUAAAAGGAGACGGAACUGUUGUUGGUGGGAUACAGAACCAUAGAACAGGUGUCACUUUCGGAGGAGAGAGCAAGAGAGAGAGACUUCAGAGUCCUGACAUUUUUACAAACAAAAACAAAACGUACAAAAAAAAAAAGUGUUACUUUGAAGACAAUCAUAUUUAGUAAAACAUGUUUAAAGUGGUGGCUUAUGUGCUUGUCUUGACGAGGCAAGUAGCACACGUUCAUGUCAAAACACAUGCUCCAGCCUUCAUCCCUCGGCCAGCCCCCUUCGCCCCCCACCCCCCUCCCAGCCAGCAUCUAUCCAAAGUCUCCCCAGGUCCGUCCGUAACUGUUGUGUGAUUUGAGCGACCUUUUUCGGCUUGUUAUCCUUCUCGUGUUGACUUUAGGCCUCAGCUGCUUCUUGGAUGAGUUUCUCUCUUUUUCGUUGUUCUUUUAUGGAAAACGCAGGCAGCCUUUUUGACUAACGUGAUGGUGCUUGUUGGUCACCUUGUGAGUGGACGAUGGAUCCCCAAUGGUGGGUUUAUUGGUAGUGAGGUUAGGUUUACAGUAGCUAAGGUUACGUUAUGACCAGGGUGUUUUGCAUUGAACUCUGCUUGAUAUAAAGAUCACAGAUGCUUCAUCAUAGAGUAAUCCAUCCAGUUGUCCUUUAACCAACCCAUCUGGUCCAUUAAAAAAAAAAAAAAAAAAAAAAAAAAAAAAGCUAAUUGUGGAUAUUCAGCAACAUUACCGGCAGUAUUUGUGGUUUUGUCUAUUCUGUCAACAAUGUAUCAUACCUUUUUAAAUCUCCAAUACUCCAACAAGACUGAAAAAGAUGCAUGAGUGGGUGACUAAGAAAUCCAGACCUCCUUUUCACAGUCUGUCCUUUGUUUGACUUGUUGAAUAAUACUUAAGACUGCAAGUACAGUCUUCUCAAUCACUACAUCCUUUCACUAGUCAUACACAAUGAAUUUGAGUACAUGUCUGCGCCCUAUUGUCUGUAGGUGUCUCUUCACCUAUUACAUUCUGUGCACAUGCUGCACAAAGAACUGUAGGAUAUCUCCCUGUUCUCUUCUACAAGCCAUGCAGUAGGAAUGUUCUUCAUUCAGAUGCUAUACAUCUGAAUCAGUAUCGAUCUCCCCCAAUAUCUUCCUUGCUGUGACCCAGUCAGACUUGCACUGCAAGGCAGAGAAUAUGCUGUAAUACAAUCAUGAACAAUAAAAUAAAAAACAAUGAGAAUGUGGUGUGUGUGUGUGAGAGUGUGUGAUUUUAAUGUAAUUUUAGGGCUAUGAUUGUUUGCUGCAAUCAUCUGCAUAUGCUAUCAAUGAGCACAAAACAGAUGCACAAAAGCAGAGAAAUGAACGGUUAGAGGCAGAGCUGCAUUUUUUUAGGCAGGGUUAAUAAUUCAGAGAAAUUAGCACUUUUUCUGGUCAACAGCUAAGGGGGGAGGGGAGAGAGAGAGGAGAAAAAAAUGGGUGGGAGACUAGUGGUGCUGGAAACACUCCUGUUCACUUGUCAUGUCCCUUAGUGGCUACUGAAUCGGACUUGUCCUGAACCCUCAACACGGUUGCUUGCGCAACCUAUAUGGGAGCUUGGGCUGAGUCUAGCACAGUCCAGCUUACCUUUUCACUUUGUUUCUUUCACUACGGAUCACCGAGAUAAACUAAACAUUCACUGUUGCCCCCCUCCCUCCCCCUUUAGACAAACCUUUAGCUUGGGUUGGAUUUUGUUUCUUUCCAUUGCUGAAAAUAUUUUUUUUUGUGUGUGUGAUCUAACGACAAUCGCGACAAGGUUUGUAGUAUCACAUUAACACAGCUGAGCCCAGACACCUUUUGUCUGUUGUAACAGUUAGUAUACAUGUGUAGAUACUGUGUGGCUGUCCUUUUUGAAACAGGUUGCAGAAGACAGAAGUGGGAAAGCUGGGAUGGAACUAGAGCUUUUCACAAAAACCUAUACUGCCAGGCGUGUCUGCAAGGUUGUACAGAUCUUUUGCCAGCCAGUUCACUCUGUAAAUGGUUCAUUACUACCCAUUUUGUUCUGAUAUUUUAGGCUAAUUGUUUUUAUUUGUUGCUUUUCCUCCGUCUUUAUCCAUCAUGUCUUGCUACUUCUACCUUUACUUGUAGCUGGUUAUGGGUUAGAUUCCCAAAUGUUCCUUGUAUUUUAAACAACCGUUGUGUGUGUGUGGCUCAUGUUCUUUCCUGUGGAUACCCAUUGAGUGUUUAGGCUUUGUUUAUUGGCCCUAAUCAGUCAGUCAUUUAAAGGGAUACUGAGGGAUUCGGACAAUUGUUUUUCUACUUACCCAGAGUCCGAUGAACUCGCGGAUACCCUUUGUCUCUACGUGCAGUAUAAAGGAAGUUGGAGGUAGUUCGCAAGCCUCUGUUAGCACAUUGACUGGAAGUCUGCAGGUACGCUAGAGUAUGGGUAAGUAGAAAAAUGGCUUAAUUGCCAGAAUCUCAUAGUAUCCCUUUAAAACAGUCAGAAUGCUCAUUCAGUUAAAAUGCCAAGGUUACUUCAGAUUCUCAACCAUUGAGUCCUUCAUUAGUGAACAAUGAAUACUUUAUGAAGUAGUAGUGAUGGUGAAUUUACCAUUUGACUGCUAGAUAAGGUCAGCGUGGGUCCUGUAGACUCUGUUGAGACUGACCCAAGGAAUGGGUGUUAGAAUGUGGAUCUAAAUGUGAUAGGGAAGUCUUGGCAGCCCAUGGUUGGCAGGGCAUGUUUGGUAUGUUGCAUUUCAUCACUGGUAAUGAUGAGGGCACUAAUGGAAAAACACUAGACGACCGUCAAAGGGUAUGUAGUUGUUAACCCACCCCCCACAGCGCAAAGAGGAGAUGGGAAGGGCGGGGAAGAGCUCAUAGAUGUGAACGAGUAAGGGAAAGACUGAUGACUGGGUCAUGUUUAUGCAUCACCCUCUUUACUGAGUCUGUGUGUCUGUCCGUGUGAGCGAGUACAUUUUGUUUGAAAAGACUAACUCAAUUUUUAAAAUACCACUGGAGAUGUACCUGCCAGAGAGAUUACUGAUAUCAAAAAAAAUAAAAAAUAAGCCUUGUUACAUGGGAGAACUGCCAACAAGUACUGCUGAUUGAGGCCUAUUUUAUUCAGUGCUGGUGUGUUGUGCUUCUUGUAAAUAAAUGUAUUUUCAAUCAUCCCUUUUUCCUCUUGGGGGUGGGGCAUCAAGGCAAGGGUGGGACUUACUCAUGAGAGGAGGGAAAAAGAAUAGAGUAUUUUGUUAUUGUCCAAUCAGAGGGUGACACAGUAUGUAUAUAUCUAUAUUGUAUAUAUGUGAUGAAAAUGCGUUGGCUUUUUGUGUGACACUACCUUUUACCUGUACUAUGGUUCUACAUUCAGUGUUUCAAUGUUGAUAAUGUUUUUUGAUUUUUGUCUUUGUCAUUUCUUGUAUUUGUUUUCCUUUUGUCCUUUUUUUGGUUAUUGCACGGUUUAUUACUUUUGCUGUCCAAUGAGGUGACACAGCUACUCUUUGUAUUGGUUUAGUGCUGUAAAAUAACUCCAGUGUUAUUAGAAUUGUCUAUCCCACUCCCAUCCCCAAUAUGCAUGAAUGGCACUUAAAGAAAUAAAAUAUGUUAACUUCACUGUGGAA